AUGAAGACAGGCUCUCAAAUCCGCCUGUUACUGUGGAAAAACUGGACUCUCCGCAAGAGACAGAAGAUCCGCUUCCUAGUGGAGAUCUUCUGGCCAGUGUUGUUAUUCAUUGGUCUGGUGUGGCUGAGGAAGGCCAAUCCACUGUACCAACAACAUGAAUGUCAUUUCCCCAACAAGGCCAUGCCCUCGGCAGGGAUUCUGCCCUGGAUCCAGGGCAUCUUCUGCAACGCCAACAACCCCUGCUUCAGAUAUGCAACCAGGGGAGAGUCUCCAGGAGUUGUGUCCAACUAUAACAACUCAGUAUUGGCAAAGUUCUAUGUUGAUGUCCAGGAGCUUCUGCUCAAUGACACAGAGGUCCAGCAGCUCGGCCGGCUUUGGCGUGAAAUGUCGUCUUUCUCAAACUUCAUGGACACGUUACGCAAAGACCCAUCCGUGGUGUCAGGCCGUGGGCUCAAGGUAGAAGACAUUCUGAAGGAUGAUGAGGUUCUCACAGCCUUCCUGUUGCGAGAUGCCGGCCUCCCGGACUCCAUAGUCUACCAGCUCAUCAACGCAGAAAUAAAACUAGAACAGUUUGCCUUUGGUGUCCCAGACCUGCAGCUAAAAGACAUUGCGUGCAGCCAGGCCUUGCUGGAGCGCUUCAUCAUCUUCCCGAGCCGCAUGGGACUCCACGGGGUCCGCAACGCCAUGUGUGCCCUCAGCCAGCAAAGGCUGCAGAGGAUAGAGGAUAUCCUUUAUGCUAAUCUGGACUUCUUCAAGAUCUUCAAACUGAUGCCUCAGGUUGUGGACACCAGCUCCCAGGGGAUUGACUUGCACUUCUGGGGUCGGGUUCUUGAGGCCACGUCGGAGAAGAUCCAACUUCUGAUGGAGCAGGAGAGCUCUCAGGAGCUCCUGAAGGCGGUUUCCUCUCUGUUCCAAGCUGGGGGUCCUUCCUCCUUCACCCAUCUUAUGUCCAGCGUGUCCAGCCUCUUCUGUGGGUACCCAGAGGGAGGUGGCUCCAGGGUCCUGUCCUUCAACUGGUACGAGGACAACAACUACAAGGUGUUUCUUGGGGUCAAUGGCACCAAGAACCACAACUAUGUCUAUGAUGACACUGCCACUCCCUUCUGCAACGCCCUCAUGCAGACCCUGGAGUCCAACCCCGUCACAAAAAUUGUGUGGAAUUCAGUCAAGCCCCUGCUGAUGGGAAAGAUCCUGUACACCCCCGACUCCCCUGCCGUCCGCAAGAUAUUAAAGAGUGCCAACACAACCUUUGAGGAGCUGGAGAGGCUCCAGAACAUGGCCAAGGCUUGGGAGGAGGUGGGACCUCAGCUCUGGGCUUUUUUCCACAACAGCGUCCAGAUGAAUAUGAUCAGGGACACCCUGAGAAACCCGACAGUGAUGGACUUCAUGGACAGCACUCUGGAGGACACUGACUUUACCACCAAAGACAUUCUUAACUUCCUGUGCAAUGGCCCUGAGGAACAGCGGGAGGCAGGAAUGCCAAGCUUUGACUGGAGGAAUAUUUUUAACAUCACUGACCAGAUCAUACGCAUGUUCAACCAGUAUGGAGAGUGCAUCAGUCUGGAUAAGUUUGUGGCCCACACAGAUGAGUCCCAGAUGAUCCACCAGGCCUUGUACCUGCUGGAGGAGAACAAGUUUUGGGCUGGCGUGGUCUUCAUGGACAUGUACCCCUGGACCACAAGUGUACCGCCGCAUGUCAAGUAUAAGAUCCGCAUGGACAUUGACGCAGUGGAGCGCACCAACAAGAUCAAAGACAGGUACUGGGACCCCGGCCCCAGAGCAGACCCCGUGGAGGACCAGCGGUACAUCUGGGGAGGCUUUGCCUACCUGCAGGACAUGAUUGAACAUGGCAUCAUCAAGCUUCACACGGGCAACGACUGGCCUCUCGGGGUCUACGUCCAGCAGAUGCCCUAUCCAUGUUAUGUAGAUGACCUCUUCAUGAUCACACUGAACCGCUGCUUCCCGAUUUUCAUGGUGCUGGCCUGGAUCUACUCUGUGUCCAUGACUGUGAAGAGCAUUGUGCUGGAGAAAGAGCUGCGCCUCAAGGAGACCCUCAAAGCCAUGGGGGUUGACAACGGUGUCAUUUGGUGCACGUGGUUCAUCGACAGCUUCAUCCUGAUGACCGCAAGCACGGCGCUGCUCACCUCCAUCAUCAUGGGUGGGAAGGUGCUUAACUACAGUCACCCCAUCCUCGUCUUCUUCUUCCUGCUGACUUUCACCGUCACCACCAUCAUGCAGUGUUUCCUGAUGAGCGUGUUCUUCAACAACGCCAACCUAGCGGCUGCCUGCAGCGGCAUCAUCUACUUCACCCUCUACCUGCCUCACAUCCUGUGCUUCGCCUGGCAGGACCGCAUCACAAAAAACAUGAAGUUGGCCGCCAAUGGUCGGCCAUUCUACUUCCCAUUCCAAACCUCAUACUGGCAAAGACCUGCACCCUCCCACGCAGAAAUGGCUGAUCCAGAUCCUGAGAAACCUGAACCAGAGAACAUGGAGAAGGAUGUUGAGAGCAGGGGCACACCAGAGACAUACAUCUGCAACGGCUCAGCCAGCCGGAAAACCUGCAAGCACCAAAGUAAGAGGGAACGACUGUUGAGAGAGAAGGAGCUGCUGAGACGACAACAGGAAACUCCAAAUCAGGAGGAGUGUGAGGAGUCAAGGAGGGAAGGUCAGUUGUUCUUUGAGCCCGACCCAGUGGGCCUGGUGAUGGGAGUGCAGGUCCAGGACCUGGUAAAGGUGUUUGGUGGAAGCUCUCGUCCAGCGCUAAACUGUCUCAACAUAAAUUUCUACGAAGGCCAGAUCACAUCCUUCCUAGGACACAACGGGGCAGGAAAAACCACAACUAUGUCCAUCCUGACCGGCCUGUUCCCUCCUACAUCUGGCACAGCCUACAUUAAUGGAAGAGACAUCAGGACUGACAUGGACGUCAUCCGUUCCUCUAUGGGCAUGUGUCCUCAAUACAACAUGCUCUUCAAACAUCUCACGGUGGAAGAGCACAUCCUGUUCUACUCACUGCUGAAGGGUCGGACUCAGGCGGAGGCAGAGAAGGAGGUCGAGGACAUGCUGGUGGACCUAGGGCUGCCUCACAAGAGAGACGAUGAGGCUCAGAACCUCUCAGGCGGUAUGCAGAGGAAACUGUCUGUUGCCAUGGCGUUUGUUGGAGGGUCGAAGGUCGUGAUCCUGGAUGAGCCCACCUCAGGAGUUGACCCCUAUUCCAGGAGAUCUAUUUGGGACCUCCUUCUGAAAUACAGAAAUGGCCGUACAGUGAUUCUGUCCACCCAUCACAUGGACGAGGCCGACCUGCUGAGCGACCGCAUCGCCAUCAUCUCCAAAGGACAGCUCCACUGUUGCGGGUCUCCCCUCUUCCUCAAGAACUGCUUUGGAGUGGGUUUCUAUCUGACACUGGUGCGCCGCAUGAAGGAUCUGAGGAAGAAGGAGAAUGACUGCGACUGUGCCUCAGACUGCUCCUGUUCCUGCUCCAUAUGUACCGGAUACAAAGAUCAGUCUCAGAACCAAUCCCAGCACCUAGACAGAGUUUUAGAUGGGGAUAUAGACAGCAUCACCGGCCUCAUCCACCACCACGUCCCAGAAGCCAAACUGAUUGAGAUGAUUGGACAGGAGUUGACCUACCUGCUCCCCAAUAAAGGGUUCAAGCAUCGGGCGUAUGCCAGUCUGUUUAGGGAGCUGGAGGAGACUCUUGCUGAUAUAGGCCUCAGCAGCUUUGGCAUCUCCGAUACAUCACUAGAGGAGAUAUUCAUAAAGGUCACUGCAGAUGGAGAAGCAGCGAAUAAUGCCACCACUCCUGAACAUAAUGGUGUGAAUGGCACUACCCAUGGUGCAUCGGACAGCGGUGCAGGAAAGGGCUCCGUGCAGGUGAAAGGCGCCACUCUGAUCCUGAAGCAGUUCCACGCGCUGCUGGUAAAGAGGUUUCACCACGCCACAAGAAGCAAGAAAGACUUCCUUGCACAGAUCGUCCUCCCUGCCAGUUUCAUCCUGAUAGCUCUGAUCUUCACCGUGAUUGUCCCCCCGUUUGGAGAGUAUCCCAGUCUGACAUUGACACCCUGGAUGUACGGUCAACAGUUCACCUUCAUCAGUAAUGAGCAACCAUUUGACCCCAAAAUGAAACACUUCAAAGAGCGUCUGUUAAACCAACCAGGCAUGGGCACGCGCUGCAUGCAAGGAGAACCGCUAGGAAUGCCCUGCAGCAACAGUACAUCAGAGUGGGACUAUCCUGAUGUGUCCCCCGUGGUCAGCAACAUCCUACUGAGUCCUGAGUGGAACUGGAGAAACCCCUCCCCCUCCUGCCAGUGCAGCACCAGUAAGAAGUUGACCAUGAUGCCCAUCUGUCCUAUCGGCGCGGGAGGCCUGCCCCCCCGCCAGCGGAUCGAGGUCACGGGAGACACGAUGCUGGAUCUGACAGACAGGAACAUCUCUGACUACCUGGUUAAAACCUACCCCAGUCUCAUCAGAACCAGUUUGAAGAGCAAAUAUUGGGUGAACGAGCAAAGAUAUGGAGGUCUGUCAGUAGGAGGACAACUGCCCAUCCUCGACGUGAGCCCCAAAGACAUCCAGGAUGUCUUCCAUCAGCUGGGACAAAUGCUCAACAUCACAGGGGGUUACAAUUCUGGACUUGCGCUGAGGGAGAUUGGUCCUUUCUUACGAUACAUGGAAAGUGAAUUCAAUAUAAAGGUUUGGUAUAAUAAUAAAGGCUGGCACGCCAUGGUGGCCUUCAUGAACGUGGCCAACAACGCCAUCCUGCGGGCCUUCCUACCCCUAACCUCCAACCCUUUCGAGUUUGGCAUCACCGCCAUCAACCACCCUCUGAACCUCACCAAAGAGCAGCUUUCCGAAGUCACUGUGUUGACCACCUCGGUAGACGCCGUAGUGGCGAUCUGUGUUAUUUUUGCCAUGUCCUUCAUCCCCGCCAGCUUCGUCCUCUACCUCAUCCAUGAGCGCGUCACCAAGGCCAAGCACCUGCAGUUUGUCAGUGGGGUCAACCCUACAGUUUACUGGGUGGCAAACUUCUUCUGGGACAUGAUUAACUACUCUCUCAGCACUGCAAUGGUGGUUGGCAUUUUCGUGGCUUUUGACAAAAAGUGUUACACAUCACCGUCCAACCUGCCAGCACUAAUUGCACUGCUUCUUCUGUACGGAUGGUCAGUGACACCCAUGAUGUAUCCCAUGUCCUACAUAUUCAACAUCCCAAGUACUGCGUACGUCUCUCUGUCCUGCAUCAACCUGUUCAUAGGCAUCAACAGCAGCGCCAUCACCUUCAUCCUGGAGCUUUUUGACAACAAUCGGUCUCUGCUGAUGUUCAAUGAGUGGCUGAAGAAAGGCCUGCUGGUGUUUCCUCACUUCUGCCUGGGGCGAGGACUGAUAGACAUGGCCAUGAACCAGGCUGUUACUGACGUUUAUGCCAGGUUUGGUGAAGAGUACACCGUGGACCCUUUCCGGUGGGACUUUGUAGGGAGAAACGUUGCUUUCAUGGCGGUGGAGGGCUUUGUCUACUUUAUUCUCAAUCUUCUCAUCCAGUACCGGUUCUUCUUGGACCACUGGUUAUCAGACUACAAGCAGACUCCAACACUAGAUGAAGAUGAUGAUGUGGCAGCAGAGAGGCAGAGAAUAUAUGAUGGAGGGAGCAAGACAGACAUCCUGCACAUCAGGGACCUCUGUAAGACGUAUGUGGGCAGGAAGAGGGCAGCUGUGGACCGGAUUUGUGUUGGCGUCCCUGCAGGAGAGUGUUUUGGUCUCUUGGGAGUUAAUGGAGCUGGAAAGACUACAACUUUCAAAAUGCUGACUGGUGACUGUGACGUCAGCUCCGGGGAGGCUACUGUGGCUGGUUACAGCAUCCUGACAGAGAUUCUGGACGUGCACCAGAACAUGGGCUACUGCCCUCAGUUUGAUGCCAUUGAUGAGCUCCUUACUGGCAGGGAGCAUCUCUACCUCUAUGCUCGUCUCAGAGGGGUUCCCGAGUCAGAGAUCCCCAGAGUGGCUGAGUGGGGCAUCCAGAAGCUGGGUCUGACAGAGUAUGCUGGCUGCUGUGCAGGGACCUACAGUGGAGGCAACAAACGUAAACUCUCCACAGCUAUUGCGAUGAUUGGCUGCCCCGCGCUGGUGCUGCUGGACGAGCCAACGACAGGGAUGGACCCGCACUCUCGACGCUUCCUGUGGAAUGCCAUCAUGAGUGUCAUUCAGGACGGCAGGGCCGUGGUGCUAACAUCACACAGUAUGGAGGAGUGUGAGGCCCUCUGCACUCGCCUGGCCAUCAUGGUUAAUGGGACCUUCAAGUGUUUGGGUACCAUCCAGCAUCUCAAAUACAAAUUUGGUGAUGGCUACAUAGUGACCAUGAAAAUCAAGGCAGCUAAAGUUGGCUUGUCCCCAGAACUGGAGCCUGUCGAGAGCUUCAUGGAAAGCUGCUUCCCCGGCUGUGUUCAGCGGGAGAAGCACUACAACACACUGCAGUAUGAGAUUGCCUCCUCCUCCCUAGCCAGGAUAUUUCAGCUGGUGGUGGCCAAUAAAGAGAGGCUCAGCAUCGAAGACUACUCUGUUUCUCAGACAACACUGGACCAGGUGUUUGUCAACUUUGCCAAGCAACAGAUGGGCGAGGACGAGGACGGUACGUUACACAGACGAACGGCAGGAGGAAGAAAAGACAUCAAGAUUGCGCCAGUCAAGAGGAAAACAUGAAAAAGUCACCUGUAAAUGUAGAGGGACAAAUGUAGAGGUAUUCCCUUCCGGGGCAGUAAGCUAACUUUCCGCCACUUUUUAUAUUUCUCUAGCCAAAUUGCUUUGUUAAUAGAGAGAGUUGAGCCUGGCUGGUUACCUGCCAAAGUCGCUGUUAGAACAGUUUAUCGAAAACCAAGCAUGUCUUAUACACGACAUGAAAUUGUGUGUUCUUUUAAACAGCAGAAACUAAUGCAUAAAGAGAAUUCAGCAUCUGAAAUAUAAACAUAUAUAAAUAUCAAAAAUAUAUGUCUGCUUAUAUUGACUAAUUUGUAUAAAUAUGUACAUAUAUGUGUGUGUAAUUAAUACUUAAACACCUUAGCAGUAUUUUUGACAAUGUCUACAUUAACACACACACCUCAGUUUUAUUUACCAUGUUGAAGUGUCAUUUAAUGUUGGUUGUUUUGACUGUCUGAAUGCAAAACAUGUUUACUAUUGCUUCCAUCCUAUUCAGUCAUUUACUCCUGUAUAUUCAAGUAUGUCUUUGCCUGCCGUGUUUCAUACAUUGCCAUGUCAUGUUGUUCCCCAGUCAGUACAAAAUAUCACAAAAUGAUCCUCUUAAAUGAUUCAAUUUGAGAAAAAUUAUGUUUUAGAUGAAUGUAGCUAUAAAUAAAGAGGAAUUCUAUUUUGUAUCUGGCCAAAUAAACCUUAAACAUGCUUUAUACUUAAUGUUCUGUGCAGUCUUGCCUAGCUGAUUUGCACUGCAUCAU